AUGCCCGAGGCCAGGCAGCGGCCGGAGCUCGCCAUGAGCCCGCACCUGUUUCGGCAGCAGCUGCUCGAGCUCGCCGCGGAGUACGAGUUGCUGCACGCGGGCAGGGUCGACCGCACCCUCAGCGCGCAGAGCUCAGUGACCCCUGGGAGCCCGCUGGAGCAGCGCCGCGCGAGCUUCUCUGCUGCCAGCAGCAUCAGCAGCCCCGGGCUGGCGUCGCAGACCGAGGCCGCGUUCGACCAGAUCUGGAGCGGCGCGAACGGCCAGGCCGACGCUUCGGAGCCGCCCGGGGGCGACGGCGAACGCUCCCCGGCCGACGGUGCGGCCGGCGGCGCGGGGCCGCCCAGCGGGGUCGGCGAGGGCGCGGCGCAGGCGGCGGGCGGGGCCUCCGUUGCACGGAGCGCCUCGCCGAGGAGGAAGAGGGCGGCUCGGGCCGCGCGGCAUCGUCUCAAAGGGCUGGUGGGUACGCCGGAUACGGGAGGCAUCCCUAGCCCGAGCUCGAAUUUGCGGCGGUCCGGCAGCGCUACCCCGUUGGCGCACACCCCGUCGACGCACGGGGAGAGGUUGUUCAACACCGCCGUGCGGAGGACGGAGCACACCCUGCAUUCGCACAGCAUGAACGGCUUCCAUUUGGACGAGGAGACGCCUGUCGUACGCAUGGUGAAGAGCCGCGGAUUCAACAUCGGGAUCGCUUGCCUAAUCGUUGCCAGCAUCGUGAUGAUCGGCAUCGAAACCCAGCUGCUUUCUAGUCUGUCAAGGCAGGGGUCUGGCUCGAAGCAGUGGUCGACUGCCCUGUCUGCGACGAAUUACGCAUUCACUGCGAUGUUCACCGUGGAAAUUGUGGUUCGGCUGUACGCGUUCAGGCUCGACUUCUUUGUCUACGAAAGGGUGUGGAACCUUUUCGAUAUCGUCAUCUUGCUCUUGGCGCUUAUCGAGGUUGCCCUGGAGCUCGCUGUGCACUCGUUCGCGGACGGCGGUCAUGAAAUCUUCGACACUGGCGGCUCGGCGAAGAUCUUGCGCCUCCUCCGCCUUACCCGCCUUCUCCGCCUCGUCCGUACCUUUCGCCAGCUCAAGCCCCUGCGCGUGCUGUUGCACUCGCUAUACUGCGCUGGCAAGUCUGUCUUCUGGGCGCUCCUGUUGCUCCUCAUCGUCGUGUUUUCCUUCGGAGUUGUCUUGACUCAGGCAGUGACGGAGCACACUGAGGGUGGCACGAGAAUCGAGGACGAUAAUCUGAUGUCUUAUUAUGGGAACCUCUAUCGAUCAAUGAUUAGCCUUUGGUGGGCGGUGUCUGGUGGUAUCAGCUGGAACGAGCUCGUUGGGCCGCUUGAGGGCAUCGGAGACUCGGUGUGGGUAAUAAUGUUUCUGGCCUACAUCGUGUUCGUUUACUUUUUCAUUGGGUGGCGGAUACUCAACGUUGUUACAGGUGUAUUCUGCCAGAGUGCCAUCGAGGGGGCUCAGCAAGACCUAGAGCUGACAGUUGAGACUCAGAACAAGAAGAGGCAGGAACACACAGAUCGCCUCAGAAUGCUCUUCAAGGAAAUGAACGAGUUCUCAGAUGAUGGGGGCGAUGGGUUGACCGCAGCCGAGGUCCACGAGCAGCUGGCCAGACCAAGAGUGCAGGCCUGGUUUACGGCGUUGGACGUUGACGUAAGACACGCUUGGAAGUUCUUCAAUAUCAUCGACGCAGAGAAAUCGGGCCGUGUAUCCCUGGAGGAUUUCGUUGAAGGAUGUUUGAAAUUGAGGGGAGCAGCUACGCGUGUCGACGUGGAGUCGUUGAAGUGGGAGAUAAGAUGGGCUCACAAGCGUGCAGAGCACACUGCAAGGGUGCUUGUCGAUGUGGUACGGGCUCUUGACCCACAUGCGACUAGCCGUGAGACCUUGCAUACAUCUAGCCUCAUCACCGGCGACUCCAGCGUGUAA